UGCUGUCUGAAUCAGCUGUUCAGCUGUUUGAUUUUGUCACGAAAACAUUCCAAAAAUGAUUAUUUUUGGCGUUUAUAUAGUCAGUAAAUCGGGUGGCCUGAUAUUCAAUCUGGACAAUAAUGUACCUCGCAUAGAGCACGAAAAGACCUUCACAUACCCGCUCGACUUGGUCCUCGACUACGAUCCAAAGAAAGUUUCUGUGGUAUUCAAUCGCAAAGACGGCAUCAAUAUUGGUCAUGUGCUAGUCGCUGUCAAUGGCAUGCCCGUUAACGGUGGCACAUUGGAGGACGGCCGGGAUGUGAAAACAACGCUUGAGUCCGCCGAGAAUUUCCCCAUAAACCUCAAGUUCAGUCGCCCCAAAAUGACGACAAAUGAGAAAAUCUUUCUCGCCAGUAUGUUCUAUCCGCUCUUCGCCAUUGCCAGCCAACUCAGCCCGGAGCCCAAGAGUUCAGGCAUCGAGAUACUUGAGGCGGACACCUUCACACUGCAUUGCUUUCAAACGCUGACGGGCGUCAAGUUUAUUGUGAUCUCCGAGACGGGACUCAACGGCAUGGAUCUCUUGCUGAGGAAAGUCUACGAGUUAUACUCGGAUUACGUACUCAAGAAUCCCUUCUAUUCCCUCGAGAUGCCCAUUCGCUGCGAACUGUUCGAUAAUAAGCUGCAGGAGCUGCUGUCGCAGGUCGAGAAGACGGGGAUUAACAAUAUUGAUAAAUAAAACUAAUUGUACUUUGUUAAAUA